GAAUGAAUCCUGGUUAUCAUUGCAAAUAGCUUGGCAGGACACUGACAAAAUGGCCACCAUCCGGCGGACUGACAUAAUACAAAAGAAAUUUUCUAAAGGUAGGCCUGCAAAAUCAGAACGUGAGCGAACAAACCGACGUCAAGAAGCUUACAAGUGGCGAGAUGCACGUCGUAUAUAUCUAGCAAGCUCUUUUGAUCGUUGGAGGAAACUUCGGUCCACUUUAAAGUUGAAAGACUCCAGCCUGGCAUGGCAUUUGAUGGAGGCUCACGAAAAAGGCCCGUGUUCCCUUUGCCGGUAAAUAAUACAAAUCUCGUUUUUAGAAUAUUCUUGUUUGGCAUAUACUAUAAUUAAUUUAUUAAAAUUGUUAAACUAGAGUAUGGAAAUUUUAUUUACACCUUUAAGUAGUUUAAAAUAGAUGGUUGACGUGUCAAUCCGAACAAUAAUUGACGCCAAGUCGGCAGAUGUUUGACCUAUUUCGUUUAUUUUGUCAUGUGUCAUGCUAUAAAUAGCAUGUCUGGGGCGAAUAGUUUAUUUAUAGUCAUAGUAUAGUAGGUUCAGUGAUAAAAUAGUUUUAUAAUAUAUAUUAAUGUUAUCUUAUUAUCUGUUGAAAUUUAAUUUUAACAUUUAAAAUUAUCAAAAUUAUAUGUUUGAAAAAUAAAAUAAUAUCUUAAGUCUUAAGAAUUUUAAGUCAUAUUCAUAGGUACUUGAACUUGAAUACAAAAUUUUAAAAAAUUGAAAUAAUUUUUUUAAUAACACAGUUAGAGCAAAUUUUAAAUCCAAAAAAUGAAACCAGAAUCAACUUUUUAGCUUAAGUCUUAAGUACUUUUUGAGCUAUGAAUUUUUAAAGUGUGAGUUUGUUUGGUAUUUUUUUACUAUGGACGAAACCUCAACAUCUUUUGACCUCAUUCCGCUGAUCGCGUCAUGCGCAAUGACUAUAUACUUUAUAUAAGGCAACGCAUCGCCUUAUCACUAAAAUACUGUUUAGGGUCGACUUAGUUUAAACUUUCAACUUUGGCACAUGAAUAAUUAAUUAAAGCUUUCCCUGACCAAUGGUAUAGUAGUUUUUGCACACAGCAAACUCUUAUGAAUGAAACUCUGAGGUAGUACUACGAUACAGCCAUUAUGCAAGUGGCUGUGAAUGGUUGCCAAUGACAACGUGUUGCACACCGUAAAUUCUUAUCAUUUAUAAUAUGGACUCUACCGGGUUGUUAAAGCUCAAAUUAAAACAUUCCAGUUUAAAUGUCUUCAAAAUGCAUUCUGAAACACAAGUUAUCAGAUAUUUUGAUGUAAAAAGUGGUAAUAAAUUAAUAUUUCCUAAGUAUUGGCAACUUCCGCCAUUAAAAAGGGGGCGUGGCCCACCCCAUGGCGAAAUUAGGUUGAGCGAACUGCAUGACCUGCAGGGAACGCGUAGAAACAUGGCGUCUAUCAUAAGACACGUAUCGCUGUGAAAAUUGGCAUACAUGUAGAUCGAUACAUUCCGCAGAUGCAAAAAAAAUUUGGUGGUGACAAAUCUUUUACUUCAACCUAAUUUUAAUGAUGAAAGGUGCCUUAUAUUUACCAAGGAUUUUCUCAAAGCUGACUGUUUGUAAAUGAAAAAGAAAUUGAUUAAAAUGUAGGCCAAGAUGUCUACCUAAUUAUAAGGCCGAAAACGGAACUCAAAUAUAUAUCGAAAGUACUAAUUUAAUAAUAAAUAGACACACACAUGGGAAAAUUUAAAACUCUGAUCUUUCGUCGCCGAUUUCUAUUUCCGAUACACAAAAAGUAGUAGUCUCCCUUGUUUCAUCGAAGUAUCUAAUAUUCAUCUAAGUAAGGUAGGCACUUCGGUAAAAAAGCAAAGUAAAGGCAGGAGAUAGACCAGAAAGUAAAUUUGUGCAAAAUUAGAAAAUGAGAAAAUAAAAACUUUCAUUAAGUAAAAAUAAAGAUGAAAAAUAAAGUCUUUUGAAAUACAGAGCUAUAGAAUAGACUCAAGUUGACCCAAGGGGAACCUCCAUGAUAUCUAUAGUCUAUACUGUCAAACACAUCGCAGGCUUUAUCGCUAACCCAAAAUCAUCUGCCCCUUUGAAAUAUCACACUGACAUACUGAAGUUUCAAAAAAAGGUUUAGGUUUUCUAAUUUUACAUAGGAAGCUGUACCUGCUCUCAUGUCUAUCAUAAAAAAGUUUUAAUUUUUUUCAAACUAUCUGAAUAUCUGAAGCCUUUUAAUUUAAUGAUAGGUAUUAACAAAUAGCCUUAGUUUGGUACUUUGACUGAAAUUUUAAAUAUUGACUGAAAUUUUAAAUAUAGGCUGAUUGCCUUAAAAUAAUAAAAGAUCUAUUAUGGUGAAAGUCUAGUUAGCAUGGGUUUGCCAAGAGUUUUCUCACCCUAAGUGCAGUGACUUCACUUUGGGCAAUUCCAACACUGGUCUUGGGGGGACAGUAUAAACAAUUGCACUUGAAUGGUGUGUAUGAUAACUUACCCGUUCAUCAAUGAGCAUUAUUUGCGCCAUAUAUUAAAUCAAACCAUCGAUACAGUUAAUAUAAGGUAUAGUAAAUUAAAAGUUUCCAUUUGUUUUUAUUAAAAUUCAACUUAAAAAGGUUUAAAAGAAAUUUAAAAAGAAACUCAUCCUUACUGAUACUGUAAGAUAAACAUUGGAAACAAGACACUAGCAUUGUUAAAAGUGCUGUCUUUUAAUAGGUUGAAAUUCCUAUUCAUAUGCAAUUUCUCAUGGAAUUUAAACAUAAAUUUCCCCCACUUUUAAUACAAAAAUAAAAAACUAAAUGCUGGAGAGGGGAGACCCCUCCCCCAACUUUCAAGGCAAAAAUAAAAAAACAAAAUAAAUCCAGAGCUAAAAUUCUAAAUCAUUUAAUUACGGAACUGUGGCCUGUGUUUGAUCCGGAGAAACUCCAUGACCUAUGUACUGUGGAAGAUAUAGCAGGCCCUGUGGCUAACUGCAUUUUAGCUGAAAUAUCAUUUCAAAGGGCUGGCUAUAAGCUUUCCAAAAAAAAAAACAAAAAAACACCAAGUUUAUUUUUCUAUCUUUUAUAGAAGUUGAGUUAUGAUUUAAGAAAAAACAAUUAAGCCCUGUAUAUAACUUUUGUAUUUAAAUGGGAAAACUUGUGACCAAGUUUAAUAAUUUCUGCUCUGUUUUGACCCACAACCUUUAUAUUUUAAAAGAUAAUUGUACCAAUUUUUAGUUUAGGAGACAUUCUUUUUAAUGAAUGUGUGAAACGGCAAUAUUUUAAAAGAUUUACAUGAAAUUGUGUUCAUAUUUAAUUUAAUUCUAUUUACAGACAAGCCAAUGCUGAAAAUGCUUUAUACAAGCGAAAUAAACUUCUGAAAAAUGACCAAAAAGAAUUUCUUCCGUCCUUAAUAGCUUCAGUCAGGCAGUUAUGUCAUGCACACUUUGAUUUUGAAGACACUAUUGAAAUUGUUGGACUUUUAUGUUUAGAAUUUGACAAGCUGAAAAAAGAAAAGUUUAGUCUCAAUGAGUUAAUUAAGUCUGGAUUGAAACCUGCUCUUCCCAGUUACAUAUCUAAGAGUCUGCAUGAAAAUUCUAGUCUUUCAAACCCAGGGAACAAGUGUAUUCUGCCAGGGUCAAAUAUCCAAUGCCAUGAAAUUGUGAAUGAAAAUAUCAAAAGUUUUCAAAUACCAGAGACAAUAGAAUCAUGUUCAAAAAACACAUCUAAUUUUGAUGCUGAAUCAGAAGGAUCUAAUAUGAAUCAAUGUGAUGAUGUGAUAAAAAAAGUUAACCGCAUCAGCAACCCUGAUACCUUCAUGACUCUAUCAAUCUUAGAUGAUCCAGUGCAUAAAACUUCAGAUUUAAAAAACGGAAUACCUUUUUCCAAAGAUUCACUAGUUGAUGAAAUAGACAUAACUGAUCAAAAUGUAAAUAUACCUUUUGAUCAAAAGGCCAUUUGUAAGACUUCAACUACUGAAGAUUCUAACGACAGUAUUAAAUUGAAAGACAACAAUCUUUCAAAGCAAAUGAAUUUUAGUUCAUGCUCAGAUACGGAUCCAUCUCUAGAAAUUGACAUAGAAAAAACUGACACUUCUCAGGAACCAGACUCUUUAUAUCUGUCAUCAGAACCAAUUUUAAAUGAAUCUACUGGUGGCAAGAACCAUGUAAUGAGAGAGGAAUCUGAAAUUAUAGAAAAAGUUAUGCAGGGCAAAGAUAUCAUAAGCUCUCAAUCUGAAAUGAGAGCUACGGUUAUGCAGGACGAAAAUAUCUUAAGCUCUCAGGGUCAGAGAGAAACCAAACACAUGUGCAAUAGUCUUGAUUUAGCACAUGAAACAGUAGUAGAAGAGCAGAGUUCUUUGGUUAAGGAUGUUUCCAAUCAUCAAACAGGAGAAUUACCCCUGGAUAUGUCUGUCUUAAAAUCCACUGUCAAACAAGAGCCUUGCCAUGAUGAAAUGUAUUAUCAAAGGUAUUUUAUUGUUCUCAUUUUUAGUAACAUAAGUAUUUUGACCAUAAUUUUUAGCAUACACAGUUUUUCUCUUCUUUUUGUUUUAUUGUUGGAGUUUCAAAAUUUAUUUCAUUUUAACUUAUCCUUUCACUUAAAUUUCUUUCUGAAGUCACACGCAAUAACAUGUAGAUGUGAUAAAUUUCAUUAAGAACUUUGACAACAUUUAUACUAAUAUUACUAAUAAGCUGUGUUUAAAAAAAAAAAAAUUAAGUAUCUUUGACAACCCAAAUCCUAAAAAUCAAUUUAGGGCAUAUAUUGAUUGGUCAUAUUGCCAGUUAGCUACGAUUGUGACAUGUGCUGAGUGACAUUAACUAGCAAUGAAAAGCAGAUAUAAUGGUGUAUCAUGCACAGCUGUGCCCCUUGGGUAAGUUGUAUAGAUACAUAGAAAUUUUGUUCUUAAACUUAUUCUCUUUUUAUAUCCUUGAAAAAAAUGUCUCUGUAAAUAUUUCAGCUUUCAGGAGGGUCAAAGUGAUAUCUUGUAUGACAGAGGAGGUGCAGAAAGCCAAUUUAAUUUAGCACAACAAACUCCCUCUCAUAGUAAAAGAAAGGUAAGUUACUAUUACUAAUUAUACCAAAUAAAAUAAUUGUUUGAUUCAUGUGUGCUUUUAUAAAAAAUUACACUAAUUAUUGCUUUAUACUUAACCCAUUCAAUACGUCACAUUUUUUUAAGGGAACGCAGUAAAAUUUUGGGACAAAAAUUCUAUUUGACCUGAUGAUUUUAAACUGAAAAGCUCUGUUUUGUUAUUUAUCAAAAUUAUAUCAUGCUGCAUAUCCAAAUGUAGGUAAUUGAAAAAGGAAUAUGUUUCUAGUAUAAAAAAGUGAUAAAGAAAUACCCAAAGAAAAUUUUUGGGGGUAUUAUUGCAGGUUUAUGUAAAAAAUUAUUUAAAAUUAAUUUGGUUUUGCUUUACUCACCAGCUCAGAAAUCAGAUAACAAUAAUCCAAUCAAGUUCAUAUUUUUUUUAAAAUGAGUCUUGUGAUACAUCCAAAACAACUGGAAAGUUUCAUUGCAGUAGCUCCAGAAAUUGUAAAGUUAUGAAUUUCUUUCCCAAGACACGUGUUAAAAUUUUUUUUUCAAAAAUUCAACAAUAAAAAUAGUUAUACUCAAAUAUUUACACAUAUUUCACAUAUUUACUAAAUAUAUACACAAAUGAAGUUAUUAUUUUAAAUGAAAGGCCUUGAAGCAUCCUUUAGGAUGGAGAUGGGGUUUGGAUUCACACCCAGUACAAUAGAAAUGUGUGCGUACUCGCUUUAUUGCAGUUGAGCAAUAUGCACAAGAUCGGUCCCUUUCAUGAUAAUCAACAAUGUGCUGAGCAUCAUUAGACUAUCACUAUCACUAUCACUGUUGUCAGAUUUAUCUUCAUUUGAACUUGAAUCGUCUAAGCAAAUCAAUUUACUUGCCUCAUCGGCAGUCAUAGAUCGAAAUCCUUGUCGAUUAGAACUAGCACUGUUAUUCGAUGCAGCCAUUUCAAUCAGCUGUGUUUUGUUUACAAAUUUUUAAGUGGAAAAAACGAGCACAAAAUACACUAAACGUGGGUUAUUCGGUUUAAAAUUCAACACAAAGGAAGUGGAACUCUUCUGAAUAAAAAAUUGAUAAGCUAUAUUAUAAAAUAGUUGAAUGGAAAAGUUGGAAUACUAAUAAAAUGAAACAAACCAGUGGUGACGCAGAGAGUGGCUAAACGUACUCUGCCGAAAUCGCGGUGACGCACACUGCGGCGAAACGUAUUAAAUGGGUUAAAUUGAAGUUGAAGCUUAUUAGAGAACAUUGAUUAUAGGGUUAACAUAUAUUUUAAAUUUAUAAAAAAUCAUAGCUCAAGAAUGUUUGAAAAUGUGUUGUUUUUGUUUUGCCUAUUAUGAGUUUCUUAACAAAAGUAAAAUUUAGAUCUAGACAGACGAUUUCUAUCAGGGCCAAACAAAAGCAUUUCAAGUGCUUUCAAUACUUAUCUCAAAUCAAUCUUACUUUUUUUUCUGUAUCAAAACCAGGGGUCACCUACUUAAAAAGGAAACAAUGUAAAAUAUAAGUAUUGUCUUAAAAUAUUGUUUGAGAAAACAGAUUAAUUAAUUUAUUUGAAUAUUUUGAUAAAAUUACAGGUGACAGAAACAAGUCACAUGGCAUCACGAAGAAGCCCUCUUUGGUCUGAGAGUCCUCAUAGUAAGUCAGGAAAGUUUAAGGAAGAUAUUCAUGCAAGCAUACCUUGGCAGCGGAGGGACAUGUCACGUAAGGAGGAAUAUGAAUUUCUUGAGUUUCACCCUUUCUCUGAUCUGGCAGAAUUCAGCCAACAUUACCCUCAUGUUCAUCAGCGUACUUAUUAUAGAUGGAAGCGUCGUAUAAAAGAAGAAUAUAUAAUCCUGGAACAAUGUCCUGAUAUGAGCUUUCAAGAGUUCAGCAGUGUUGUCCUUCAAGCCAAAGAAUCAGUUUAUCGUUUAUGGAAAUCUCUUAUAGCUCAGGGGAAGGGAUUUUUUGCACCCUCAGACUCGUCAAAACGGUUAGAGGCAAAAUGUUCGCUUAAACCUAAUAUGCAUAAUAAUGAAUAUAUUUUUUUGCAGAAAAACCUGUCUGUAAACUAUGAACAGUUCUGUCAGCAAUAUCCUGGAGUGCCAGUAGAUGUUUUUAAUGUGCUUAAGAGAAAAGUUAUGCAAGAGUUUUGGUUAUAUUAUCAAAACCAGCACAUGAGCUUUAAUGAUUUUUCAAAACUUGUAAAUAUUUCUGAAGAUGUUUUUAUAGCAUGGAGAGAUUAUGUUGAAAAUUUGAAAUCCAGCUCCAUAUCCCAAAGUUUGAAAACUGGUUCUAGAAGCAUGUCUCCAAAUCAGUCUGGGUCUGUAUCAUCAUUUCAGUCCAUGGGCAGUCCCAAGUCCUCUGCAUCUAAUUUACAUACUCAGCUCUCUAAAGAAUCUUUUUUUGGUAUGAUGAAUGGAAAUUCAAGUUUUAAUGAGACCAUGGCUUCCCUUCAUGCAGGUGGUUUAAAUCCAACUUUGAAUGAGUCUGUUGCAAGAAAUCUGUCUGCCAGCUAUUUAGCUUCACUGCAAAAUAUGAUGUUUCCAUGGCCAAGCUAUUAUGGAAUGGCUUCUCCCUUGGGACAACAAAUAUUGCCCAUGAUGCUCUGGCCACAGAUGAUGGGCUUGGCAGGAAGUAUUUCGAACCCACUUGGUCUUUCAGGGCCUCAUGGUGGAAACACAAGUAGUAGUGCUGUAACAAGUACGAGUGAAUCUUCUUCAGGAAAUGUCCAGGGCAACUCAGAAACUCCCACUUCAGAUUCACCCGAGGAGCUCAACUGUAAAUACCAAGGUACAAAAAGAGUGGCUGUGGAUGAAACUGAUAAUUUAACAAAGGCAGAUUCCUCUAGAAAUGAUAAAAAGGCUAAAUUUUCACACGAGAAGGAUGACCAAGAGUUUUGGAGUUCUGUCAAUAGAUCCAGGAAACAAAAUAAACAAGAAUAUGUUUACUAUCUGAAAAACCCUGAGCUUGGUUUCAAAGAACUUGAAUCUUUAUUUCCAACUAUAUCCCUGAGAACAUUUUAUAGAUGGCGCAAGGAAAUGAAUGCUGCAGUAAUGCUACUGGAAGACAACAGGGAUAUGACUUUCCAUCAGUUUCAAAUGGUUUUUCCUGAUAUUCCUGAGGAGGUUUUUGAUUUAUGGAAAGAAAAGUCCUUAAAUGGCAAACCUUCUGAAGAUGAAAAGUUAUCUUUAGGUAAAGAAAUAAUUGGUUCAAAUGAUGGUUUAGUGCAUAUGGACUCAAAAUGCUCAUCACAGUUAUUGACAGAAAAUGCAAAUGAAAUUACAGAUGAAGAAAAUGUUAGCAGUCACAACUCUGUAAAGUCUCAUGUGGGCUGCAUUGGAGAAGAGACUAUACAUCAUAGAAAAUAUAACAAAGAAGAGUACUUGUUUGUGCAGAAAAACCCAAGCAUAGAUUUUGCUUCUUUUUCCAAAUUGUAUCCCAACACCUCAGUGAGAAGUUUUUACAGGUGGAAAAAGGAAUUGAAAGAUACUGUUGAUUAUUUGAAAGCCAAUCCCUCUAUCAGUUUUGAGGCAUUCAAAACCGUUGACUCCAGUGCCACUGAGGAAGUUUUUAAUUUUUGGAAGAUGUUUGCACAUAAUGAAGGUCUUAUAGAAGACCCAGAAAACAAUGAAACAUUGGAGGAAAAAGAAUCAAGAGCUCUGGGUUAUUAUAAUAGGAAAGCGAAUGGUCCUGAAUAUGGUUUUUUGCAAUUAAAUCCUUACAUUGAGUUUUCUCAGUUUUCUCGCACAUAUCCGGAUGUACCAAAACGAACUUUCUUUCGCUGGAAGCGUGAAAUUCAACAGAUUCUUAAUUAUGUGCGAGCCCAACCAACUAUUGAAUUUUCUGAUAUUGCAUCAAUAUUACCAGAAGUUUCUCAAGAAGUAUUUUUUAAAUGGAAACAGAUGGUAUCAAGAGAAACGAAUAAACCUGAUUUUAAAAAAUUUGAUAAUGAUAUAAACUUUAGUAGACAUGAAGAGAUUCCUUGCAAACCUGAAAUAGAUAAGCACACUAAGAGUGAGAUGACCAAAGCUUUACUCUAUCUAAUGCACAAUCCAACAGUUAGUUUCAGACAGUUCAAUGAUCUGUUUGAAUUUGUCUCACCUAUUACAUUUGCAUUGUGGCUUAAGAGAAUUAAAACAGUUGUAGUUCAUAUUGCGGCUAAUCCAAGUAUAGAUUAUACUGCUUUUAAAGUGAAUAUAAAAGAUGUUACAGAGGAUAUUUUUAACAUUUGGAAAAAUUUAAGCUCAGAUGAUGUCAUUGCAAUAGACAUUGCUUGUGAAGAAGCUACAAAAAUUGAUAAUAAUAAAGUACACUGUUUGGAUGACCACAAAGAUAUACCUCCUGAUGAAAACCAUUUGCAGGCAGGAUAUGAAUAUUGCCAGAAAAAUCCAACUGUAACUGUGGUGGAAUUUCUUUCAGUAUUUCCAAGUUUAUCUGAAAAAUUAUUUCAUAAUUGGAAGGUGCAAAUAAAAGAAGAAAUCCAGUUCUUGAGGCACAAUCCGAAUAUUUCAUUCGAGGAAUUUUCAAAACUCUAUCCUCUUGAGGAAGAGGUUUUUGACUUGUGGAAGUCAAGCACAAUAAUUAAUAUGGAUGAACAAAUUGAAUACACUCUGGAGACAUCAGAUGUACAUACCAAUGAUGGUUUUAGUGGUACUAAAGAGGAAUCCUCAACUACUCUAAAUAAAAAAGUCCUAGCAACUCAUUACAAAAAGAAGAGCUCUGAUACAUUAGAUAGCCAAUCUAAGAUGAUGGAGGACAGAGAAGCUAAUGAAAUGCCAGGAAAUACAAAUUAUCCUAAUGACAGGUGUCCAAAUCAGACAUUAGAGGACAAUUCGAUAGAUAUGGCUAGAGAAUCAUCACUUAAGUUAGCUAAAUUUGCUGAAUCUGGUUCCCCGUACAAUAAAUUGCUUGACAAAAAUGGACUAAAUAAUUUCAAAGCUGCUGCUGCUGAAUUUUCAAAUGAAAAAAAGACAUCAACUCCAAACAAACCCUUAGUGGAAAACUUGUUCAAGAAUAACAACAACAGUUUACCAUUAGAAUCUGCAUUAUGUUUAUCUCCAAUUAAGAUGGAGAGUUUUCUUCAAACAACUAGCACUCCUGGUUCUAUGCAUCAUGCCUAUCCAAAGUCUAGUUCUGAACAUGGGCUUGCUGCUUCAGAUCUAUAUGGCACAAAUAUGCUUAUGUCAGCUGUGCCCAAUUCUUCUCUUUCAGCAUUAAUGGCCAUGUCAAGAAACAGUGAGGCAUCUGGCAUUUUGAGCCAGGCUUCAGGAGAGAGGGUUAUUCCGAAAAAAGAACUUUGCCUACCCCCUGUAAAUAAUUGGCAAGGCGCCAAUUGGGGUCCCAUCAAAGAAGAAGAUGAAGCCUUUUCUUCUCAGCGCCAAAAAAAGAUGAGUCGUGCUGAGUACAUGUUUGUUAAAGACAAUCCUGAUGUCGAUUCUCAAGAAUUCUCUCGUAUUUUUCCAGGAGUCUCAGCGCGCACAUUUUACAGGUGGAAGAAGGAAAUAAAAGCACAAAUGCAAUUGGCCUAA